AUGGACCAGCGAACCUACGAACUCGACCCAAAGGGAGACGUGGUUUUUCUGCUCUACGAUGUUCCACACUCCCUCUUACACAGUCUAGACGAAACCCCGAGCACCAGCACCAGCACCUCCCCAGCCCAAUCCAUUCCAGCAGAUAACGAGGACACUCCCACUCUCCUGCGCAUCCGCGCGAGCUCCAAACAUCUCACACUGGCCUGUCCCCAGAUCGAGCGCAGUCUCUCCAAUGGGUUUUCCGAGGCCAAGCAACUGCGCGCCACCGGCCACGUCGAGGUCGACAUCGACAACUGGGACGCCGCGGCCUUCCUGUGCCUCAUGAUGAUCAUCCACGGGCGCACGCGCGCCGUACCGCGGCGCGUCUCGAUAGACGAGCUGGUCGAGAUGGCCGUGCUGGUGGAUUACUACGAGUGCUACGAGGCCGUGGAGGUGUUCACGGAGAUGUGGAUGGAGGCGCUGAAGCGGAAGCCGAUGGCGGGCGUGGAGGAUGCCGAGAAAUGGCUAUUCGUGGCGUGGGUGUUUCAGCAGCAGGAGAUGUUUGCCAACGCAGGCGUGUAUCUCCAGAAGCGGCUCCGGGGGAGAUUUGAUACGUCGCUGCCGGUUCCGCGGCGCGUCCGGGAUGCGGUGGAUAACGCCCGCGAGACGGCCAUCGAGUCGAUCCUCGACCUGCUGCAUAACCGACUCGCCGGGCUUCAGAGCGACGAGGUCCAAUGCUCCUACGACUGCGACUGUGCGCUGCUCGGAGCGCUGACCAAACAUAUGCAUCGGCUCGGACUGCUCCCGCGGCCGCCGUCCCCGUUCCCGGGCCUCGGGCUUGAGCAGCUGGCCAGGGAUUGUCCGAACGUGCCGCUGCCGCGGUGGUAUGAGCGGGCCAGCGGGGUGCAUCAUUCGUGCCUGGUCACCUUGGGAUUUAACCAGUCGCUGCAGCAGACGCCGAGCUACCGGGGCAAGUUUGAUCUGGCGGACUUGACGCAAGUGCGGAACAAGUAG